UUUCAUAAUCGAGAAACAAGUACCUCAAUGACGACGUUAAUAUAUACUAAAAAAUAUUUAAUUAUUUGCAUAUUAUUAAAGUCUUUAAAUCAAUGUGUGUGUGCACUUCAAAAGCAGACACUACGGCGCAAAAUUGCAAAAUUAUAUAUUUUGUACGAUAUUGCAAUGAAAGAAAACAACGACAAUUUUGGGUGCGAUCUAUAUUUAAUACUGAAAGAAAAUUACAACAAGGAGCAAGCGAUAAUCUUAUUAAGGAAAUGUUGGCCGAAGACAUGGAAAAAGUUGGACAUAAUACAAUUUCAAAAAUAAUAUCCGAGACCUGCGAAGCUAUUUGGAAAUGUCUAAAGGAUUCAGUUUUUCCCAAGGAUGAUAAAGAAAGUUGGAAAACUGUAGCUGACGAAUUUGAACGUUUGUGAAACUUUCCAAAUUGUAUAGGGCCAUUGAUGGAAAGCAUGUUC